AUGGCCACAGCUGCCUCCAGCCCCUACACCCUGCUCAGUUCCAGUCCCAUGAUCCACCCGGACAGCCAGGCCAUGCAGCCUGCUAGCCCCUACAGAGGACACCAGAAACUCCUCCAGAGUGACUACCUGCAGAGCAUCCAGAGCAACGGACACCCCCUCGGGCACCAGUGGGCGAGCAGCCUGUCGGAGGGCAGCCCCUGGUCGGCCUCCAUGGAGCAGCAGGACGUCAAACCAGGCCGAGAGGACCUGCAGCUCGGCAUCAUCCAUCACCGCUCCCCGCACGUAGCGCAUCACUCCCCUCAUCACAACAACCAUGGCAACCACCCGGGAGCCUGGGGAACUCCGGUGUCCCACAACUCCUCCAUCACCAGCGGGCAGCAGAUCAACAUCUACUCCCAGACGGGAUUCACUGUCAACGGCAUGCUGGACCACGGCGGGCUCACACCUCCACCCAACCCGCAGGGCCAAGGCAUGCACCCGGGCCUCAGGGACACUCUCAGCCCCGAGCACAGCGACCUCGGCGGGCACCACUGCCACGACCACUCCGACGAGGAGACGCCGACUUCGGACGAGCUGGAGCACUUUGCCAAGCAGUUCAAACAGCGCAGGAUCAAGCUGGGCUUUACGCAGGCGGACGUGGGUCUGGCUCUGGGCACGCUGUACGGUAACGUCUUUUCCCAAACCACCAUCUGCAGGUUCGAGGCUCUGCAGCUGAGCUUUAAGAACAUGUGCAAACUAAAGCCGCUGCUAAACAAGUGGCUGGAGGAGGCCGACUCGUCCACGGGCAGCUCUAGCAGUAUAGACAAGAUAGCAGCUCAGGGGAGGAAGAGGAAGAAGAGGACGUCCAUCGAGGUCAGCGUGAAGGGGGUUCUGGAGACGCACUUUCUCAAGUGUCCCAAGCCCUCCGCGCAGGAGAUCUCCACGCUGGCGGACACGCUGCAGCUGGAGAAGGAGGUGGUGCGCGUGUGGUUCUGCAACCGGAGGCAGAAGGAGAAGCGCAUGACGCCGCCGGGGGAGCCGCCGCCGCACGAGGGACCCUAUUCUCACAGCGGGAGCGCGGGAGACGCCUCCUCGUGUCACGAUCUCUGA